AUGUCGCACCUCCAGGACGCAGCCAUCCAAGCCGCCGAAACACUACAAACCGCCCACAUCAAGCACGAUCCUUCCAUCGAGCAGGACCGCGCGCCGAGCACAGCAGCAGACACGAAAGAGACGGUACAGCUAGAGCCAUCAGCGGACGAAGAUAUCGAUGCGAUAUCCGAUGUCGAAGAAGACGAGAUUCCCGCCUCGGUGUUGCGACCUCCGCCGCGCCGGCCAGCACUGCCACCGCUACCGGAUUUGAGGUUCGAGCAGAGCUACUUGGCGAGCAUCAAGGAUACGAAAGGCUGGCAAGGAGUCACGUACAUCACGAUUCGUGAUCAGGUCCUUAUGCCUCUUGUGCAAGGAAUAGCAUGGACGUUGAUCGUUGCUGGCUGGAGGCACUGGAACAAGGCUACCAAGUUCAGUGGGCAGAGCGUUGGCGCGAAGGUCAGGAGGUGGUGGUGGGGUGUUAAUAACUGGAAACUUCCUGAGGAGGGCACGCUUCGAGACGAGAAGUUGGCUUCUUCAGCGGCUGAGUUCUACGAGGCGGAGGCGAAUGCUGGCUCUGAUUGA